GAGCCUAACAGUCCACGGUGAACAGUUGAACGAAGACAAGCUUCCGACCGGUUGAUAAUCUCUGCGCUUGUUCAAACUCGACGAACCAGCAAGUCGCGGUUUGUAGGUCAGUUUAGUCGGUGCGCGACAAAGAGUGAAAGUGCAAGAAAAUAAGUAAACAUGAAGUCACUAAGAGCGUCUGGUGUAGCGUUGCUACUGCUUGCGUCGAUCCGGCUUAGCUGCGGGCAAGACUUCAAAGGCGCCAUCGAUCAGUGUACGAAGGAGUUCGAAAUGGAUAUGGACGUAGUCAUUUCCCUCAAGUACGGAGAUUUCAGCGAACGUGAUCCAUUGAUAGAGUGUUUCACCGAGUGUUUGAUGAAGCGAUCAGGAUUCAUGUUCGAUGACUUCACGUACAACAAAACGCAAAUCAUCGGUUUUGCUGGGCGCUACCUGGAACCCGAAGGUGCUCAGUACGUGUACGACAACUGUGUGGAUAAAUUUGGAACGACGGUAUGCGUGACCGGAUUCGAAAUGUACCAGUGCAUACACGAAACGGCGGUUGCCGAGUGGGUGGAAAGUAAUUUUUAGUGUCAGCAUAGCACCAGAGAGGGAUGUGGAAAUGAAGAUUUUGUGAGCGAGAAUGAGCUGCUUCAAAUGAACUGUGACUCUUCGACUGCCCAUCGAGUAUGUGCUUAAGUUUUCGAUUUCCUUUUGUGAAAUUUAUUUAAGUUUUGUGUUUUACAUGAGUUGUUUAUUUAAGUAAUUUAUUUAUUUAUUUAUUUAUUUAUUUAUUUAUUUAUUAA